GUCAACGUCACCUGUUUCACAGCAAUAUCCAGGAAGUGAGUCGCCGCUUGUUGUUAUUGUUCAAUUGAUAGCUAGCUAGCAGGCUUGUUAACACAGAUUUUUUUUUGUUGCUGUUCAUUUUCGUGGUCCGAAAAUGGCGACUUUUAUUUCUGUCCCGUUAAAGAAGUCGUCUGAAGUAGAUCUAGUUAAACCACUUUCGAAAUUCGUCACGGCGACAUACCCAGCGGCUGAGGAGCAAGCGGACUACAUCCGAUCCGUGGAGGAGUUGAACAAGCUGCGCAAGAGUGCUCUGGGGAGGCCGCUCGACAAACACGAAAGCUCACUGGAAAUCCUCCUGAGGUACUAUGACCAGCUGUGUGCUGUGGAGCCCAAGUUCCCCUUCUCUGAAAACCAGCUGUGUCUAACCUUCACAUGGAAAGAUGCCUUUGAUAAAGGCUCACUGUUCGGGGGCUCAGUCAAACUAGCCCUCGCCAGUCUGGGAUAUGAGAAGACGUGUGUGUUGUUCAACGGAGCAGCGUUGGCGAGUCAGAUCGCUUCAGAACAGAACCUGGACAGCGACGAAGGACUGAAGGCCGCAGCCAAAUACUACCAGUUGGCGAGUGGCGCAUUUGGUCACAUUAAGGACACAGUGCUGUCAGCUCUGAACAGAGAACCUACUAUGGACAUCUCUCCUGAGACUGUAGGAACCCUCAGUCUCAUCAUGCUGGCCCAGGCACAGGAGGUCUUCUUCCUCAAGGCUACGUCAGAUAAGAUGAAGGACGCCAUCAUCGCUAAACUGGCGAAUCAGACGGCAGAUUUCUACGGUGACGCCUUCAAGCAGUGCCAGUACAAAGAGAACCUGCCCAAGGAGGUGCUGCCGGUUCUGGCAGCUAAACACUGCAUCAUGCAGGCCAACGCUGAACUGCACCAGUCUCUCCUCGCCAAGCAGAAGAAACGCUUUGGAGAGGAGAUCGCUCGCCUACAGCACGCUACAGAGCUGGUGAAGACUGUAGCGUCUCGCUAUGACGAGUACGUCAGUGUGAAGGAUUUGAGCGAUAAGAUCAGCCGCGCUCUGACGGCCGCCAAGAAGGACAACGACUUCAUCUACCACGACCGCGUCCCCGAGGUCAAAGAUCUGGAACACAUCGGCAAGGCAGCGCUGGUCAAGGCUACCGCCAUCACACCUCCACUCAGCGCCAAGUUCACUGACUUGUUUGAGAAGAUGGUGCCCAUGGCUGUGCAGCAGAGUAUGAGUGUGUACAGCCAGAGGAAGGCUGAGACCGUCAACAGACUGGUGGGAACCAUGAGAGAAGCUACCAACCUCUGCAACGGUGUCCUGGCAUCUCUGAACCUGCCUGCGGCUCUGGAGGACCUGUCUGGAGAUUCUAUCCCACAAUCCAUUGUUGAGAAGGCCCGUGCCAUCGUCCAGCAGGGGGGGCUGCAGAGCAUAGAGCAGCUGAUCAGAGAUCUGCCUGAACUACUGACACGAAACCGUGAGAUACUGGAGGAGUCUCUGAAAAUGCUGGGUGAUGAGGAGUCGACAGACAGCGAGCUGAGAUCCAAGUUCAGCCAACGCUGGAACAGAACUCCCUCUGGAGACCUCUACAAACCACUCAGAGCAGAGGGGGGUAACUUCCGCAGUGUGCUGGACAAGGCAGUGCAGGCGGACCAGGUGGUCAGGGAGCGUUACAAUACACACUGUGAGAUGAUCGCUCUGCUCUGUAAACCAGAGGCUGAACUCACCGCUGCCAUACCAUCAGCCAAUCCUGUGAAGACACUGCAGGGCAGCGAGGUGGUGAGUGUGUUGCGUUCCCAGCUGGCCCAGCUAGAGGAAGUGAAGAAGGAGAGGGAGGGGUUGGAGGCGGAGAUUAAGGGUGUGGCCUUUGACAUGUCCUCCAGCUUCCUGACGGCUCUGGCUCAGGACGGGGCCAUCAAUGAGGAGGCCCUGUCAAUGAGCCAGCUGGACCAAUCAUAUGGCAACUACAGCCAGAGGGUUCAGGCCAGCCUCCGUUCUCAGGAAGAACUGCUGGGCAAAGUGCAGGCGUCUCACCAGGAGUUCUCCAAGCUGAAGCAGUCCAACUCGGAGGCUAAUGAUCGUGAGGAGGUGUUGAAGAAGCUGGCCUCAGCCCACGACAGCUACGUAGAGAUCACCAGCAACCUCCGAGAGGGCACCAAGUUCUACAACGACCUCACAGAGAUCCUGCUGAAGUUCCAGAACAAGUGCAGUGACAUCGUCUUCGCGCGCAAGACCGAACGGGACGAACUGCUCAAGGACUUGCAGCAGAGCAUCGCCAGGGAGCCCAGCGCCCCGUCCUUUAAUGUCCCCGCCUACCAGACUAACCCUGCUCCCACUGCCGCCGACCCAAACCCUGCUCCCAGGACUGUCUUUCAGCCUCAGCAGCCCCAGGUGAAGGCCCAGCCGCCCCAGCGACCCCCUCCCCCUGCCUUCACCCCCCAGGCCGCCUCCGCACCUGGAAACCCUCCAGACAACCAGCCUCAACCAGGAAACCCCCCACCCAUGGCCCCUCCCUCACAGGCACAGGGACCGCCUUACCCCACCUACCAGGGAUACCCAGGGUAUGCCUACCAGAUGCCCAUGGGUUAUAACCCGUAUGCAGCGUACGGCCAGUACAACAUGCCCCCCGCUAUGCAGCCUAACAUGCAGCCCUACAUCCCCUAUCAGCAGGCCCCAGCACCCGGACAGGGGGGCUUCCCCGGGACCCCCCCCACACAGCAGCACCCCUACACCUACCAACAGCAGCCCCAGCACCCACCACAUCAACCAUACUACCCACAACAAUAACUACUGUGUAAACUCUAUCAUUCCCUCUUCCCCCUUUUCAUCCCCUCUACCCCUCCUCUCUGCUAUCCAUCCUCCAACUGACAGCAGAAACCGUGAUACUAACCUCUGCAAUAAAUUCUCUCUCCCUCCUUCCCUCUCUACUCUACCCUUACUCUAUCCCUCCCUCCCUACUCUACCCUUACUCUAUCUCGCUCUCUCCCUCCCCUCUGCUAUCCAUCCUCCAACUGACAGCAGAAACCGUGAUACUAACCUCUGCAAUAAAUUCUCUCUCUCCCUCCCCUCCUUCCCUCCCUCCCUACUCUACCCUUACUCUAUCUCCCCUCCCCUCCUUCCCUC